AUGGCUCAACUUUCUUCACAGGGGAAUAACGCCAUCAUUUAUCUUAGUUAUGUUUUCCUUUUGGCUACUGGGCUUUUCAUAGCAAUCAAGUUCAACAAAAAGGAUUCAUUUUUGUCUUCCAAUGGUACUCAAAGAGGUAUUCCGUUGGCCUUGAAUUUCAUUGCAUCAGCUAUGGGAUGUGGUAUCUUAACAACUUAUACUCAAAUUGCUAAUAUUGCAGGAUUGCAUGGUCUUCUUGUUUACACAAUUACUGGUGCAAUUCCAAUUCUUGGUUUCGCAGCCAUUGGACCACUAAUUAGAAAAAAAUGUCCUGAAGGUUUUAUUUUAACUGAAUGGGUUAGACAAAGAUUUGGACCAGUUACUGCUUUGUACUUGUCCUUUUUCACUUGUUUGACUAUGUUCCUCUUUAUGGUUGGUGAACUUUCGGCUAUUAGAAGUGCCAUUGAAACUCUUACUGGUUUGAAUGCUUUAGGUGCAGUUAUUGUUGAAUGUGUGGUUACAACUAUUUACACUUCAAUUGGUGGAUUUCAUGUCAGUUUUAUUACUGACAACUUUCAAGGUGUCUGCGUUCUCUUAUUGAUUAUUAUUUGUUCUGCAGGUAUGGGUUCAUACAUUGAAAUUGAUACUUCUAAAAUUGGAGAAUCUGGCUUAUUGAAGGCAAAUAAAUUAGGUUGGCAAUUACUUUAUAUCUUAUUUGUUGCAAUUCUUACUAAUGAUUGUUUUAUGGCUGGCUUUUGGCUUCGAACUUUUGCCUCUAAAACUAAUAAGGAUUUAUUGAUUGGAACUUCUAUUGCUUCAUUUGUCACUUUUGCAAUUUGUACCUUGGUCGGAAUUCCAGGUAUGUUGGCAGUUUGGUCUGGAGAUUUAACUGUGAAUGAUCCAGAUGGAUAUUUAGCCUUUUACAUCUUAUUAGAAAAGAUGCCUAAAUGGUUGGUUGCAUUUGUGAUUAUUUUCGUUAUUGCUCUUUCAACUUGUACCUUUGAUUCAUUACAAUCUGCCAUGGUCUCUACUAUUUCUAAUGAUGUUUUCAGAAAUAAAUUACCAAUUUUGUAUACUAGAGGAAUGGUUGUUCUUAUUAUGGUUCCAAUUGUUGUUCUUGCGGUUAAAGUUGCUGACAAUAUUUUACAAAUCUAUUUAAUUGCUGAUUUGGUUUCAGCUGCCAUUAUCCCAGUCAUUUUCUUGGGCUUAAGUGAUAGUUACUUUUGGUUCCUUACUGGGUUAGAUGUUAUGGUUGGUGGAUUUGGUGCUUUAUUGGGAGUCUUCAUUUUUGGAACUGUUUACUAUGGAAAUGCUAGAGAUGGUGGUAAGUUAUUGUUGAUUUGGAAUGGUAUUUAUGAUGAAAAUGAUUGGGGUGCUUUUGGAGCCUUUGUCAUUGCACCAUUUGGAGGACUUGUAAUCACUUUUGUUUUCAUUGGUUUGAGACUUGCUGUGCAGUACAUGUAUGCUAAGAUCUCAGGUAAUGAAUUUACUGCUUUGGAAAGAAAGACUUUUGAAGCUAGAGAAAUUGUUAAUGUUGAAAACUAUGGAAGUAUUGACGAUAACAAAAAGAAAGACUCAAGUACCAGUGAUGAAGAAUUCCCAUAG